UCAGGAGGAGGGAGAAGCUACAGGAUUUCUUGCUUGGGAGAUAAAUGUGAGAUAACUUGUAGCAUUUGCAAACCAGCAGAAUGAAGGAGACAAUCUUAUUACUGCUCCUAUUGCACUUACAGAGUGGCAGCAGUGGAUUUAAUACUCCAGAAAAACUCUGGACCACAGGCCAGGGUGGUGAAACCUGGACAAGUCACUCAGACUUGAUUCCAACUCUGACUUCAAUUGUGGGGUCACCCCAUUCUGAGAUCCAAGCUGAUGAAGCAAGUUCUUCACAGGGAGGAUCUUCAGUCAAGACUCUGGGAAUGAAAGCAGUGAAGAAAACCUCCAAUUCUGCAAUCUCUACCCCUGAAAGCCAGUCAAAUGAACAGAGUGAUGGUAACUCUGGCAAAGAUAAGAUGGGAAGCUCAUCUACCAGCAAAAGGACGUCUCUACAAAGCAGAGGGGUUCCUCUCCAGCAAGAGGUCAUUACAAGCCGCAAUACAUCUACAGGGAACGGAUCUCUCAAGCAGUCAUCCUAUAGCACUGGUAUCACCAGCACCCAGCAGGAUGCCAACUCCAAAACAUCCGGCUUUGAAACUACCAGGGGAAAGAACUGGUGUGCUUAUGUCCAUACCAGACUCUUACCUACAGUGGUGGUGGACAAUUUGGAAACCUUCUUAUCGGGCAGAGCGAAGCCUUGCACUUGGCAUAUUGGAUCCUGUGCUCAGAGGUCCCAGACAGCAACACACCAAGCCUACAGAAUCAAACAUACAAUAGUAACAUCGCUGGAGUGGAAGUGCUGUCCUGGGUACAGUGGGCAAAACUGCCAGCGCAAAGCUCAAGAACAAGAAUCACUUAUACACAGCAACCAGGCUGAAAGCAGCAGAACCGUCAAUGAGAGGACACCAGCAGCUCCUCAGGACAGCAAUGGGCCAGCACUUACACAAAAAAUGAAUGAGAAGAUUAGCAGCCAGGAGACGAAACUGACUUUUCUACAGAGGAAGGUUGACAGCAUUACUGCUGCAAUGAAUGAUGUGAGCAAGAUGCUUUCUUCUCUUGAAGGCAAAAUCAAUGAAGAUAAGGGCAGAAACUUCCAGUCUUUUCUAAAAGGUCUCAAAUCCAGAAGUGUUAAUGAAUUAGUCAAAGACAUUGUCAUAGAACACAUUAAAGUAUUUCAAGGUGAAAUGCAGGAGAGCAUGGCUCAAGUUUUCAAGACUGUGUCUAGUUUGUCAGAAGAUCUUGAAAAUACAAAAACAUUAGUCAAACAUCUGAAUGAAACCCAACAAAAAUUUGCUCAGGAGAAAGACAGUGGGCCCACAAAGCUUGACAUUCUGGAUCUGAAGAGUCAUAUGGUGCAGAUGAAAGAGGAAAUGACCCUCACUUGUGACAAACCUAUGAAAGCUUUACAGGAAAAGCAGAAAUCCUUGGAAGACAACUUGAAACAUCAACAGUCAAGAAGUAUAAUUUAUUAUGAAUCUUUAAAUAGAACUCUUACUGAAAUGAAAGAUGUUCAUGAACAACUGUUAUCAGCUGAACAGUCUUCAAGCCAAAACAUCCCUUCAGCAGAUAAACUCAUGGAGUACAACAUUACAGAGUACAUGUUCACACUGCAUGAGAAAGUAAAGAAACAAGGCAUGAUGGUGCUGCAGAUCUAUGAUGAUUUAAGAGUCCAAGACAGCAAGAUCAGCAACCUCAGUGUUGCACUGGAAAUUCAGAGAGACUCUGUUCUGGGGGUCUGUGAUGACAUGUUGUCAGAGAGCAGAAGGGAUUUCCAAACACAGCUGGCAGCAACCCAAGAGAAUGUUCUUGGCCUAAACAAAAGUCUCUCUGACCUGAUCCUUCCAUUGGACAAUAAAAUGGACAAAAUGAAUGAGCAAAUUAAUGAUUUGUGCUAUGAUAUGGAGAUCCUGCAACCCUUGAUUGAACAAGGGGUACCUUUUAGUCUCACUUCAGAGUACGAACAACAAAUUCAAGCUGAAGAAAUCAAUGAGAAGCUUGAAAACCUCACUACUGCCGUUAACAGAAUGAAUUCUGCAAUUAAGCAGCUUUCCAAAACUCAGGAAGGACUUAAAAAUGAAUCUCAGGUUUAUCAGGAACUGUUUGAGAGUCGUGUUAAUGAAUGCUCCAUGGAAAUAGAAGAUGGAUUAAACAAGACCAUGACAGUAAUAAACAGUGCUAUUGAUUCUAUUCAGAAUAACUAUGUACUGAAAGAUAUGCUGCAUGCUCUAAGAAAUGAAAGUGAAGUUUGCUGUGGCAGAGCUGAGGAACUGGAGAGCCUCCUGGCUUUCAUUCCUCAGUUCCAACAGUUGAAUGAAUCCCUCUGGACACUACUUAUUGGCAAGAAGUAUGAAUUCACUUCACAGGUAGUGCCAUCCCUUGCUGAUCUUCCAUACCAGGAGUCUGACAAAAAUAUCCUCCACAAUUUCAGACGAGUUUUCUAUAUUUUAAAUGAUACAUCAUCAAAAGUAGACAAUCAACAACAAGAUAUCAGCCGCCUGGAAGAAAAACUAUUUGACUCUGUGGAGGAAUCAAAGGACCAUGAGGUUCGCCUUCUGAAUGUGGAGUCAAAAAUUUCCAAGUUUUUGGCAAACAACUGUGUCUCAUUGAAAAAAAACAAAGCUGCCUCGACAGAGAAAGAACAAAUGGCCUCACUUCAGCUCCAGACACUAAGUUCCAGGAUCAAGGCCCUGGAAGCCAAGUCGAUCCGAUUCUCAAACAGCAUUCCACUUCUGAACAAGACUACUCAUGAGGCCUGGGGGCUGUGUCAGGAUACGAACAGCAGCAUCCAUAAAGUGAAUGCGAGUAUACCUAUGCUAAUUAAACUUGCUCAGCCAGAUAUCCCCCUGCUGCAGAGAGGCCUUAAAGAGCUCAUUGAAUCUGUGCUUGAAAUAAAAGCAGGAUCUAUCUUGACAAAUUUAACACAGUAUGUCGACAUAUCGGUAACAAACGCAGUGAACAACAUCACCAAACUCCAGAAGCAGGUGAAACCAAUUAUAAAGAAACCAGCUCCAGCUAAAAAAGGAGCAGCAAACAUCACCAUGAGCCUGACAAGCCGAAGUCAGAGAAACACAGAUAAUACUAUAGAUCCAGGGCAGUAUUCAGCUUGUGUCAGUUCCCCGUGCCAGCAUGGAGGAACCUGUAUCAACGACAGACAGAGUUUUAUUUGUGCUUGUCGCCACCCCUUUGGAGGAGUCAACUGCAGUAUGAAGCUGGUGAACGACAAUUCUCUGAGUGUCGAUUUUUCAAAAGGAUCAUACAGAUAUGCACCCAUGGUGGCUUUUUUCGCCUCUCAUACAUAUGGAAUGACAACUCCAGGACCCAUCAGAUUUAACAAUCUGGAUGUCAACUAUGGAGCCUCAUUUGCCCCAGCAACCGGGAAGUUCCAUGUUCCAUAUCUGGGGGUCUAUGUUUUUGAAUAUACCAUUGAAUCAUUUAGUCCACGUGCCUCUGGCUAUCUGGUCAUUGAUGGAAUAGACAAACUCACUUUUCAGGCUGAGAAUAUCCAUAGUAACAAGUACACUGACAGAGUAAUUACUGGAAAUGCUUUGUUAGAGUUAAAUUAUGGUCAAGAAGUCUGGCUCAGACUGGCAACUGGCUCUAUACCGGCCAAGUAUCCACCAGUAACUACAUUUAGUGGUUACUUGUUGUAUCGUACCUAAUUCAGUCACAAAUGUUAUCAGUUACCAUCAAAUGAAGUGAGUUUAUCUUUGCCUUUAAAUACCUACUCACUUACUUACUUACUGCUUAACAGCAGUAAGAUUCUCAGAGUAACCAAAGUGAUGGCCUUUGAAAUGCUGAUUCUCUAAGUUGCUUGGUUGUAGCUCUGUGCACGUCUACAAAGAGAGUCCUCAGGUUGGAGAUGAAGGAAAAAUAAGCAUCUUCCUUAUGUGCUUCCUGGGAAGCACAAAUCUGCUUAAGUUCUACAUUUAUGUUGCAUAGACAUACUUACACGAGGUUGCUAAGAAUAAUUUCUAAAGACAAAUAAAAGCUGGAUUUCAUUAUUGCUUUACAAUCUGUGUGCAUACCAAAGGUGAUGGAUAGAUUUUGAUGGCUCAGAUGUUGGGUUACUACUUAGGUCAUUGUAUCAAGUGAUAAUCACAUGUAUAUAUUCUGACUGGAAAAAAUAUAUUUCUUUUUCAUUUUGGCUGACAUUAUUACCACAUACUUUGAUAUGUCAGCAUUUAGUUGGUUCAUGAUUUUAUAUGUAACCGGUGUGAUGAUGACAGCUUUUAUAUGUAAACUUUGGCCUAUGAAAUACACAAAGUUAAAUGAGAUAAUCAUUGUACUUUCUAAGUUUGAGCUCUGUAAAUCUAUAUACAUUGGCUAACUACUGAGGCAAGAUAAAAUGAACUUCAGUCUCCAUAAACCAGAAUGUGAUUUCCAAGCACCAAUCCAAUUAAAAAAAUAAAUUAGCUCAUGCUAUGACUGCCUGAAAAAACCCCAAAACCCUCAGGUUUACAUCCUUAUCAGCUGCAGGGUCCUGGGUUGCUGCAGUUUCUUGAUAUCCCAUCGACUGGUGUGACUGACCAGGUUUGUUUCUGGUUAUUGCCUUUGUUAAUGCUAACUGAGAAGGUUUUACAUCUCUGUGUGUUUGUCUACCUCCUUUUCCUUAUCCUCCCAGCUGAAAAAAUAGUUUCUCACACUCCAUGUGUCCUUGCCAAUUAGUGCCACCAACCAGGUUUGUUCUCAUCACUGCCUCCCUUACCAUGUGUCAGGCAGGUUUGUCUCUGCCUGUUCUUGUUUGUGGCUUCUUUGACCAGCUGCCCUUAAAGGAGCAGACACUCUCCUUCCCUGGGCCUUAUAUUCAGUUAUUGUUAAUCACUGUGCUCCAGGGAUCUAUGCCAGUUUGCUGAAGCCCAGAAUGUUUUGAAGCUCCCUGAAUGAUUUUGUUUUCCACUGUCAGGAACUUUUCUUGAAAACACAUGAGAAUCUUCAGCUCUCUUCUUGGUAUUACUUAAGACCUUACCAGAUCUUAAGAUGAACAUGCAUGAAAUGACUGAAUUCUUCUGUGCUGUAUGUGGAUAAGAGAAUUCACAGCAUCUUUCCUCAGGCAUAUAAAACUUGUCCUGGUUUCAGCUAGGGCAGAGUUAAUUUUCUUCCUAGUAGCCAGUACAGUGCUGUGUUUUGGAUUCAUUGUGAGAAUAAUGUCACUAACACACUGAUGUUUUAGUGCUUGCUAAGUAGUGCUUAUCCUAAGUUAAGGAUUUUUCAGUUUCCCAUGCACUGCCAGCGAGCAGGUGCACAAGAAGCUGGGAGGGAGCAUGGCCAGCAGAGCUGACCUGAACUAGCAAAGGGAUAUUCCAUACCAUAGAACAUCCUGCCCAGUAUAUGAACUGGGGGGAGUUGGCCAGGAGGGGCUGAUCGCUGCUCAGGCAUUGGUCAGCUGGGGGUGAGUAACUGCACUGUCUUCUUUUGGGUUUUAUUUCUCUUUCUCUAUU